CUCGCCCCCUUGAUCAAAACUAAAGAGCUGCAGAAUCAGAAGAGCAAACUGGUGGUUACAAUCCUCUAUAUAACUAGUUAAUUCUGCUUUCCAUUCAUCUUUGGUUGUAAAUAACACUCAGAAUGCAGGUGCCACUCUUUAGGUUGCAGUGCGGAGUGAACAGCUACGACUGGGGGAAACUUGGAAAUGAAUCCGCUGCUGCACAGUUUGCUGCCGCCUCUGCUGCUGCUGACUUCUCCGUCCAAAAUGAUAAACCCUACGCUGAGCUGUGGAUGGGGACUCAUCCUUCUCUCCCCUCCAAAGACUUAGAAACCGAGCGAACGCUCCUGGAUCUUGUCCAGUCAAACCAAGCCUUGUUAGGCCCAGAGAUAUACGAGAAAUACAGCGCAAAGCUUCCUUUCCUAUUCAAAGUCCUGUCUAUCCGAAAAGCUCUCAGUAUUCAAGCGCACCCCAACAAGGAGCUCGCUGAAGUGUUGCAUAAGCGCGAUCCCAAGAAUUAUCCUGAUGACAACCAUAAACCUGAAAUGACCAUCGCUAUUACUCCAUUUGAAGGACUGUGUGGUUUCCGUCCCUUGGCUGAAAUUGUUCAUUUCCUUCGAACGGUCAAACCAUUCCGCGAACUGGUCGGCGAGAAGGCAGCGCAGGAUUUUGAAGCAGCCGUAGAGGGUGAUGACACCGACGUGAACGACAAGAACAGGGCAGCUUUACGGGCUCUCUUUACAACCUUGAUGCAAUCGUCCCCGGACGCUAUCAAAGACGCAACAAAGAAACUUGUUGAUAGCGCUCAAGGAUCACCCGACACUUUUGCCGUAUCCGAAGCCUCGCCGUCUACGAAUCCCAGUGACCCGGCCGAAAUGGCAGCGCUUGUUGUCAGGCUCAAUGGCCAAUUUCCAGACGACAUUGGGCUUUUCGUUCUCUUUUUCCUCAAUUUCAUCAAGCUUGGCCCCGGAGAGGCUAUGUUCCUCAAGGCCGACGACAUUCAUGCCUAUAUCAGUGGAGACAUCAUUGAAUGCAUGGCUUCUUCCGACAAUGUCGUCCGUGCUGGUUUUACUCCAAAGUUCAAGGAUGUGUCGACGCUGACCAGCAUGCUUACCUACUCAUACGCGCCGAUUGAGGAACAGAAAAUGCAUCCUACAGAAUAUCCAUACGCGACACUUAAUACGGUUUCAUACACGAGCGGAUCGUCGGCGAUGCUCUAUGAUCCACCGAUCGAGGAGUUCAGCGUGAUCAAAACCGACCUGAACACCGCGGGUGCUAAAGUGACCUUCGAGCCUAUUAGCGGACCAAGCGUCAUCAUCUGCACCAGUGGCACUGGGCGCAUCCGGAUUGGAGAUGCCAAAUGUGUCGAUGUAAAGCCGGGCUAUGUUUUCUUCGUCGGGGCCACAGCAGAAUGCGUGAUUGAGAAUACCGGGGAGGAAGGGAAAGACGUUCCAAUGAUUACCUUCAAGGCGUUUUGUGAGAUCGGUCCGUAGGAUCUGAUGAAGACGGAGGCGCUUGAGACCAAGGGUUUGACUAUGGUCUCCCAUGCGCUCCGAUGCUGGCUAUGACGUGAUGAUGAUUUUUUUCUUUAACGAUACAUCUAUCCUUAUAAUAACGAAUCUUGCACAGAACGAUGAAAAAGAAUGUACGCAGCUCUACUUAGAUUGCCAGACACGGCGAUAUACAA